AUUAAUGACUUAAUCUUGUAAAUCAAAAGAUAUGAAAAUUUCACUUACAUUACUAAAUAUAUUACAUAUUUAAAUAGAUUUAAAUUACUAAUAAAUAAAUGGAGAAUAUUCCAGAAUUAAAUGAUUUGGACAUUUUUUGUGCCGAGCAACAAUUGCGAGAAAAAAUAUACGAAUUACAAGAAAAAUCGGCUAUGUUAGAAAAAACACAAAAAGAGCUUUUAGAAACACGUCAUUCCUUAUAUAAAUCAAAAUCGAUUUUAGAAAACGAAAAUCAAAUUAAUGAUGAAUUAAAAAUGCAAUUAUCAGCAGCUGUUGCUAUGAUCAAUCGUUUAGAAGAUGAAAAAAUGAAAACUUACAUCGAACAUGUUCAAUUAAAAGUUAAUUACGAUGCAAUGAUUAAUGAACGCAAUUCAUUGAUCGAACAAACAAAAGCUACGAAAUUAGAAAUCAUAGAUAGUAAUAUCAAAUUACAAACUGCAGAAGACGAAAUAUCUAAUUUGAAAAUGUUAAAUAAAAAUCUUGAAGAAUCUCUAACGAUGUUGAGAGACAAUACUUUACAAAUGAUAGCUACUGCUGAAAGUGAGAUUGCAAAACUUAAAAAAGAGCACCAAUAUUUGCAACAGUCGUGUCAAAAUAUUAUAGAUCUUAACAAACGUUUACAAAUAUUUGGAUUAUGUGCACAUAGUAUACAUCAAAGAGAUAAAAUCGAAAUACAGCGAUUGCAAUGUAAAUUAAAUUCUUUAUCCAGCGAUAUUUCAAAUCAUCCAGAUUCAAAUACUAUGUUGCAUCCAGAAAUUCAAAAAUUAUGCGUAAAGUUACAGGCAUUGAUUCAAGAAUUAAAAUCAUCUCUGUAAUAAAUAUAAUUGAAAGGAGCAAGGAGGAAAAGUAAAGUCAAUAAAUGCUCUUGGGUGUAUAUAGGAUUAAUAUAAAAUGUAUUAUAUAAUAAUUGUCUG